UUUAUCCACAGCAAAAGAGAUACGGUGAUCGGAAUCAGUUCUAAAGACACGUUCAGCAGUAAACGGCCUUAUCAUCUAUCAUUCUGUGUCUUAGCCUUUCUUUAUAGCGAUAAGAAAAGCAACAAAAUGUUUCUUGAAGGAAUGUUUGUAUUAACAGUUGUUGCUGGUUGCUAUGCAGAAUGUAACUCGUCCAAGUGUUCUCAAAUCUUAAAAUCAUUCGAGUAUCUUUCUUGCGUGGAUUAUAAUGCUUGUCUGCUGAAUAAAAACGAAGGUGCAUGCACGACUACGGAACGAGAUACACUGAUGCCAACUAACUGCCGUUGUUAUGUGGUAUGCAAUGAACAGUUCCGAAAUACUCUCAGCAGUCGACAAGCCCAUUUUUGCUAUUAUCGCGGAGAACUCGAAAAAUGCAUGCGUUCAAAUCCAUUCUGUCUCGGUGUAUCCACUUACUUACUCAAUGAUUUUGAAGCCAAAUGUCCGUGUAAAGUUGAGAACUGUUUAAGUUCGCGAUCUGAAAUUCAUCCAAGGAACCUCAGUUGCACCAAAUCCUUGAGUUGCUUAUCAGGGGGACCGGUAGCAAAUGAAUAUGCAGGUUGUGCAUCUGCUAAAGCAGUACGGAAAGUGAUGGAAGAGAAGAAUUAUCAAAUAACCAAUCCAAAAGGGACCUGGAUAUUGAACAAAGAAUGCCGUUGUGUAAAUAUUUGUGCUAAAGAACAGCUUGAAUACUGGCCAACCUGUGGGCCUGCUCAAAGACUUGCACAAUGUUACGUAAACGCCGGAUGCUCCAUUGAUGAUAUCAAACCUAAUUUAGUUUUAUGCGCUUGUGAAGAAGUUUGCAGAACUGAGAUCUCGGCCAUUGUUUCAGCAGCAAAUGCCUCCAUUGAUUUAUUGUGCAAUAAUUAUCGCAAGUAUGGCGACUGUCUGAAAAGGUAUGGUUGCACAAAACGAGACUUGAGGUUGACGAAUAUCAAGAGACUGGAUGAAUGUCCCUGUUUCGAAUACUGUGAUUCUGGUUCCAGAUUAGCAGGGUUUUUAAGUCAACCAUUUUUUCUCGUAUUCUUCCUACUAACUGUUUAUAUCCUACCAAUAUAUUAAUGUUUAUUAAUGUUCAUCUAACAGCAUAUAAAUUUAUCUAUUUUCUUUUAAAUAACUAAUACAAUAAGUAAAUUGAUCAUGCUUAAUCAAUCUAAAUCAAUGGUUCCUAAUCUUGAAAUACAGAUGCAACUCUUAUUUAGAUAAGUUAAAAAUGCAUAAAAAUAUAACAAAUAAAUACGUUUGCGGAAAACAAAAGCAAUCUGCAGUUUUGUUUGAUCUGCGAAGAGAAUUGCAUCGGCUCUCGUUGAUCGACAUUGAAUAUUGCGAUAUUCGUGGUGUAUGUAUAAUUGUUUUAUCCCAUUACGAGUAUCAUAAAAUAUCAGUUCAGUUUUAAGAAGAAGCUUUGAUUUAUUAUUUACUAGCCAUCUACUAUCAUUUAAAUCAUCAUAUAUAUAAUUAUAUAUGCAAUCCAUCGUAUAAAUGUAGAUUGAUAAACAAUGCAUAUCAAUUUGAUUUCCAGUAAAAGAAACUUGUGCAUUAAUUUUCUCUGAUCUGAUUUAACACGAUUUUCUCGAUAUUUUUGAAUAAUAUGAAAAGCCAUGUUAUAAACUUCGUGCCCUUUAACAGGUAGAUAACCCCGUUCAUUAAGUGAAUUUGUAUUAAAUAAGAAUCGAAAUGAAAGUUACGCCUCAAAACCAUUUUUCAUGCUUACCGAACAGUAAACCCAGUAAAACUAUUCAUUGUUUUAUCGUAAGAGAACCUUCUGUUAUGACCAGGUUGUGAUUCUUUAUUUAGACUUAUUUUCACUGAUAUCACACGUGGGAAUUUAUCUCAGUACCUUCAUUUUUAAAUUCCCCUAAAAUGUAAAGAUUUCUAUGUGGUCAGUAGAAAUUCAGGAUUAAGAUGUAUGGUAGCAAGCGUUAUAGAGAAGUAAAUACCCAGUAAGACGAGUCUCAGGCGUAUUUUUUCAUUAAUCUUUUAUGCCUUAUAUUUCUAUUCUGCUUUUGAAAAGAAGAAUGAGCAUCAUAUGCUGCUACAUUUUCAGUUAGAACCUUUUAUGAAUGUAUAAAUUAAAGAUUUCCUUAUAACUGGUAUAAUUUUAUAAAAGUGUUAUUAAAUCUGGUUUAUUUAAUAAAAUUGCCA